AUGAAUUUUAUCUGUGGUAAUAGAUCGCCUAAAACGUUACCUGCGAGUGCAAAAUGUCCUUUAUUAGUAUGCAUUACUUGCUUGCUCGCUAUUGGCAUCAUUACUAUGUUAAGUACAAAGGCUACUCGUGAAAGCUUGUCUCCAUAUAUUCUUACUUCAUUUUCAUUUACUCCAAUAGAAAAAUCCGUAUGCAAUUAUACUUUACCAACAUUCGAAAGUUUCAUCUGUGAUAAUACUAGAAUUGAUCGAUUUCCACAAACAUCAACAACGCCAUCAAACAAUUCAUUUGAUGUUUAUCGAAAAAAAAAUCUUGAAAAUUACUGUUCGAUUGUACCCAUUCCAAGAGGUGGCUGGACGAAAGCUACAGCAUAUACCGAAAAAGAUAUUGUAUUUGUUAUCUUUACAGCUGCUGUAUUUUUUCAUACAAGAGCAACAGCUGCUCGUGAUACAUGGAUUUCACGUAUAACAAACUAUUAUUUUCUUAGUGCAACACCUUAUCCUUAUUUGCCUGUAAGUGUUGUUCCUAAUGCUGGUGAAGAUAAAUUAUCCAAUAUGAAGAAGCUUUUUUACGGUCUUCAAUUGAUUUAUCAACAACAAAUGAAGCUUUCUGUUUCAAAUCGACAAAAAUGGUUUUAUAUAGCCGGUUGUGAUACAUUUAUUCUUCCUCAUCAUUUACUCAAACGUCUCGAUGGUCUCGAUUAUACAAAGCCUCUUCUAGUUGGUGGCCAUUCAGGUCGUAUUACAUGUCGAGGAGAUAUAAAUCCAAAAAUUACAGUUGAAUUUCCAUCAGGUGGUGCUGGAUUUUUCUUAAGUAUGAAAUUAUUUGAAAUGAUGCAACCAAAUUUAACGAAUUUCGUUGAAAAUGUUUGGCCACAUACAUCUGAAAUAUCUGAUGUUGCACUUACUUGUCUUGCAGCUCAACUAGGUGUUCGCAUAACAAGAAGAGGAGGCUUUUGGUCAAACGUACCCGAUUACAUGCUUCGUAAACAUGGACGUGCAUCAUUUCAUAGGGAUCUCGAACCAAAUGGUUUUCACUAUGUAAAACCAGAUGAAAUGUAUGCAUUAGAUGAAUUUUACGUUAAUCAAUAUAUGGAUCGACUGAUUAGUGACAGAAAUUGGAAUGAAUUAAUUCAAUUUACAAGACGAUUUGUUUCUAGUCAUUAUGAAUUAUUGAGAAAAAAGAGACGCGAAUGCACAUUACCGAAAAUUUAG